GUCCGUGUGUCGCUGGGUCCGGGGUGGGAGACGGGAGACGGGAGACGGUCUGGGACAGAGGAUCCCGGUGAGGAUGAAACCGGCGGUGGAUGAGAUGUUCCCCGAGGGCGCGGGGCCGUACGUGGAUCUGGAUGAGGCAGGAGGAAGUUCAGGCCUUCUGAUGGAUCUUGCAGCUAAUGAAAAAGCAGUCCAUGCGGAUUUCUUUAAUGAUUUUGAAGACCUCUUUGAUGAUGAUGAUAUUCAGUGAUUUGUUCUCCACACAUCAUCCGAGCCACUGUGCAUCUUCAAACUUGGAGAAGGGAAGAGAGUGGUCAACAUCUGGGAAAGUCUGCUCCUAAUGUUCUGUGCACAAAUGCUCAAGUCAGGACAUUUUCAGUAGUGAGAGAAGCUGCAUUUUACAAACGUGCAUAGACUUGUGUACAGUCACCAUGUUAGUUAUUUUUGUCUUUGUAAAAUUAUAAGUUUGUCUUAUUAAAGGAAAAUGUAAAAUCUCA